UGAUUCGAUCUCAGCCGUUGAUAUUAGGUCACUCAAGGGUUUAUAUUUUGAGCUCUCCUGUGUACCUACUUCUCUUAUAGCCGUCGAACUCUCUCCCUUUUCUGUCUCUCUCCCUCUCAUCGCAGAUCCAGACUCAACAAUGGCCUUUGUCAAGGCUCAGAAAACCAAGGCUUACUUUAAGCGGUUUCAGGUCAAGUUUAAGAGAAGAAGAGAGGGGAAGACUGACUAUAGAGCCAGGAUUCGCCUGAUAAAUCAGGACAAGAACAAGUACAACACUCCAAAAUAUCGUUUUGUUGUGCGAUUUUCCAAUAAGGACAUUGUCGCACAAAUAAUAUCAGCUAGUAUUACUGGGGAUAUGGUUCUUGCAGCUGCCUAUUCUCAUGAGCUUCCUCAAUUUGGGCUUGAAGUCGGUUUGACAAACUAUGCAGCAGCUUACUGCACUGGACUUCUGUUGGCUCGUCGAACUUUGAAAAAGCUUGAAAUGGAUGAGGAAUAUGAGGGCAAUGAGGAGGCUACUGGGGAGGACUAUUCAGUUGAACCAGCAGAGACUAGGAGGCCAUUCCGUGCUUUACUUGAUGUUGGGCUGGUUAGAACCACAACUGGAAAUCGUGUUUUUGGUGCUCUCAAGGGAGCUCUAGAUGGUGGUUUGGAUAUCCCUCACAGUGAUAAGAGGUUUGCUGGCUUUUCAAAGGACAGCAAGCAGCUUGAUGCUGAAGUUCACCGCAAGUAUAUCUAUGGUGGUCAUGUUGCUGCAUAUAUGAGGACAUUGAUGGAGGAUGAGCCAGAGAAAUACCAGCUUCAUUUCAGUGAAUACAUCAAGAGGGGAAUUGAGCCAGAUGACAUGCAGGAGUUGUACAAGAAGGUUCAUGCUGCAAUUCGUGCUGAUCCAACUGCCAAGAAAUCAGAAAAGCAACCACCUAAGGAACACAAGAGGUAUAAUUUGCGGAAGAUGACAUACGAGGAGAGGAAAGCUAAGUUGAUUGAGCGAUUGCAAGCACUUAACUCUGCCGCUGAUGAUGAUGAGGAUGAUGAGUAGAAGUAUAAUAUUGGUAUUUGAGUAUGAAUAUGCUAAAGUUUCCUUAGCGCACAUCCUACUUUUAAGUUUUAUUUGGAACCUAGUGUCUUAAAAAGUUAUUUUUGUUUAUUGCUUGGUGCAUUGGACUACUACUUUUUAGAUGACAAGAUUUUGAAAUGUUUAGUUUGGUAUGAAAUGCAAUUUCAAUUUUGACUUGGCAUUGUAAAACAUUUUCUGAUUUUAUUGGGUUCACCUUUUACCUUC